CAGUUUUUGGAUGUGGAGGAUAUAUAGAUUUUUACGUGUAUAAACUGGACUGGGCAAUAGAGAUGGAUGGUAAUGAUAUAGCUAAGCAUCAUAGAAGGUUUGAACCUACAGAAGAAUGUAAAGAUAUUGUUAGAUAG